CUUCCUCCCUCUCUGAAGGGAACAUGCGAGAGAGUCUUCUCCCUCGCGUUUUUCGACGCAAGACCGGAGACACAACAGAGGAAAAAGGAAGGCGCCAGGCGCCUCUCUCGGUUGCCUCUUCGCUCUGCUGUGCUUCUUCCAGAGACCGCCUCUCUUUCUUCUCGCCUCACACGGAAGUUCUCGACAAACGUCGAAGGAGAGGCGCUUCACAGACGCAUGCACUCACAAGGCGGAGCAGGCGUUUCUCUUCUUCUGUCUUCCGCGAAAGGCAAGCUUCCUCUCUCGCCUGCCCUGACAACAGCCCCGCGAAAAACGGACUCACGCGGCCUCGUUCUACGACAGGAAGAGUUUUCGCGUCGAUUCUGCUCUGCAAGUCUUUCAAAUGACCACCGCCGACGCUCCUGCUGAGAGCGAAACGAAACGACUGCUCAGAUGCUGCUGCGACAGCGACGUUCGAGAACAAAAAGAGAGGAAAAGAAGAGGAAGGAGUCGUCACUCCAUCACAUGCUGUUUUCUCCCAAAAAAGACAAAUCCAAUAGGUUUCGAACAAGCAUCAACCCUUUGAGCGUACAGACGCGAAACAAGAGAGAAGAGAGGAGGCGGAAGGCGCUAACGGGCAAAGCAGCGGAGAUGCGAAAAAGCCUUCUGUCACUUUCUGCUCGAACGCAGUCUCUCCAAAAUGGCUCGUAUCUCGCAACCUCUCUUCCACCCAUCUUCUCGCUUGCUUCCUGCCUUUCAUGUCCUCUCCUUCCCUGCCUCUUCGUCUGCCCGCUUCACAAACCUGUCUCUCUCUUCGUCGUACCUCUCUGCUGCGCGAGAUGGCUUGCCUUUGCCUCGCGGCUUCCGGCCUCUCUGGCAAAUGCAGGCGAGCAAACGGAACUGCCUUCUCGCGGAGUUCUUCUCAGCGCGCAGUGUGCAAAGGAUUUCGAGGCGCUCCUCCCCGAGAAAACCUUGUCUCGCUAGUCUCCUCCCCUUGACCGCCUUCGCUUCUGCGCUGCGCCCCCAUAUCUCCCGCUCUCCCUCCAAGCCUUCCUCUCUCUCUUCUGCUUCUCCUGCUUCUCUCUCUUCUGCUUCUGCUGCUUCUCUCUCUUCUUCGUCUCUCUCUCCAACAGGACAUCACGCAACAAAUAUGAAAAGCAGCGUCUCGUCCGUGCGUUGGGCCUUCUCGGAUCGUCGCGGUGUCUCUUCUCUUCAGCGGCGCCUUCACUUGACUUCUUCCUCCUCCGUUUCCGCCUUGCUCCUGCCUCUCCGGCGCCUCUCUUCUCCUCCACGAGCCGCGUCACUCGCCUCUCCUUCUCUGGGCGUCCUGGCGCUCUCGCCGGCUCGCCGCGCUCUGCUCGCCGCUUCGUCGGCGUCCGCGUCUUCGUCCCCACCAGUCUCAGGCUUCGCCUCUCUCCUUCAGAAGACGCGCCGACUCCUCAAAAGGAACGAGACACCCUCCUUCUUCCAGUGGCAGGUGGAGGACUCGGUUCUUCUGCUUCUUUCGCUCUCGUGGAUCGCAGUUGCUUGUGGUCUCUUCGCUCUCUUCCAGUGGAAAACCAACACUCGAGAUCAGAGGCAUCCGUACCUGGCUGAGGCGCGUCGACUCGUGAGGAAACAUGAGACCGUUCGAGAGGUCUUUGGAAGUCCACUGGAAUUCCAAAGCGCAGAAGACUCAACCGAUUCUUCAGGACUGCAUAAACGCGCGAAACUCCACGUUGCCGGACCCAAAGCGAAAGGCUCGGUUUUCGUCUCUGCUUUUCUGCCGGACUCGGUUGACGCUGGUGAAGAAGAAGAAGAUUCACAGAGUCUCUUUGCAGGAGAUGAGCUCGACUGGCGCGCUCUGCGCGAGCGACCUUUCCUCCUCAAACUCUGGCUGCGCGACCGCAUUCGCGCAGUGCAUCUCGCCCUCGUGAGUGUUGCCUCGGGGGAAGCCUACGAAGAUGUGAAACGGUCCAGAGGGACGUCCAGCUCGAGGAAAAAAGACGGAAAAGGAAACGAAGGAGAAGAAGAAGGAGACGAAGAAGAAAAAGAAGAAGAAGAUGGAGCGACGGGAAGGUGGACGAUCGAGUCACUCUUUGUACACGUCGAGAAGCGAGAGGAGGGAGACGAGAAGAGUUCGGGAGGCGAAGAGGAGGAGGAGGAGAAGAAGAAGAAGAGCAAGGUCCUCAUUGCUGUGAAAGGAAAUCCUUACGACAACCCCGAUAUUGACCCACUCAUCAAAGUUGAGGGAAGCUCGCGAACGAACAGGCACCCAGUGGGAGCGUUCCUCCUCUUUCUUCUUCUCCUCCUUCUGUGCCGGCAAACCUGCUCGGAAAUCCGGGGUGCAAUAGAUCGGGCUGCGUGCUACCAGUAUCUCAGCUACUUUUCUCAGAACCACCCCGAUCUCCGGCGGAUCUUGCACCAAACAGCUCUUCGGAACGCGUCUGCCGCGCAGGCGAGGCGAGGGGCGCCUGUGGAGGGUGAGAGAGCAGGGCCGGCGCAUGCAAGAGAAGCGGCGACAGACUCUGGUGUGCGCGGCUCGCGGACGAACCCAGAGAAUCACAUCGACAUCCAGGUCUCCUAUUUCGCAGGGAAAAUGACCGCGACCAGCAUCAAAGGCUCAGCUUCUCUGACUUUCUCUGCAACCAGUAAACCUGGAGGCACAAACGCUUCGGAGAGUAAUCAAGCGACAGCGGCAGUCCACGCGAAUGACCAUCGCAUUCCAAACAUCGCUGAACUCCGAAUCGAGGCACUGCGACCGAGCGCGUCCGCUCCGUUCAAAACCCUCGUGAGUUCGGUCCGAGUGAUUCGCGAAUCGAGUGAACAUGACGAAGUGGAAGGCGUUCCGUUUCCUCUCCUGCUCUCGUUUUCUCUUCCUCCAACGCGGAUCCCGCCAUUCCGCCCCUCAGUCUCCUGGAGUUCGUUCUUCUCCCUGUCUUCUUCCAAAUCGAAGAAAAAACGGAGUGCUGGAAAAGAAGACCAGACAGGUCGGAAGCCGUAACGCUCCCGGAGCACGCUGUCAGCCAAGACAAAGAUGUUCAAGAGUUUAAGGUUUUGCCUUGUCGGCGGCUUCUGCGCCCUGAGGCUUCGCUCCGCGUUCGUCGUGGAAAGCUCACUGUGUGUUUGCCUCGCUCGCAGACGUCGUUUCGCACUUCUUCUCUGUCUCCUACGGUGUCGGUUCUUUCCUGACUUUGGUAGCGUCUCUUUUCCCUUGCGUCUGUGCAGGCUGUCUGCGUCUUCUGUUCAUGUCUUCUCUCGUCCAUCUGCGGUGUAGCCCGUAGAGUGGGUUCUUGCGUUUGUUUUCUCAAAGUUUCAGUUCGCAUUCACUUUGUCGCAUGUCCCAGUUCCUUGUCGACACCCGAGCAAAGGGGUCUCUGUUUGUGAAACCAAGAAAUCCAAGGCGUCCGUCGCGCGUUGGCGAGGCUGCUGCACGUUGGUUCUCGGCCGCAUGCGUCCGGCCUCCUUCUCUCUGUCGCGCUUGUUGUCCGAGCCAUUGAAGGCCUGGACGAAACGCUCGCGGGCGUCCGGGUUUUUUUCGCGUUCAGUGCUCGCUUGGUCGUCUGUCUCGUCUCCAGAGACACUGACCAGAAGCUUCUCUGCUCCACUCUCGGCUGCGCAGGGGAAGCAGGGAAGCAGAAAGGAGCUGAGGGGAAAGAAAACGCCGCACCACGGAAACGAACUGCGGCUCUUCAUUUCCUCUAGACGCGAAGAGGAACGCUUCCUGCCUCGUUCAAGCGCGCGUCAAGCGACCGGACGCAGCUCGAGUCCGACCAAGGAGCUUCGCAUCGGCAGACCGAGCGACAGAGAGAAAUGUUAAAUGUCAGGUGGUAACCUUAGCAUUCUCGAG